UGUGGGAUGCGGCGCGGCAGAUGCUCCACGGGCCGGGAGGGCUGCGCACACAGGCCGCGGUGACUCCACUUCCUCUUCCUCUUCGUGCUUCUCCUCCUUUUCCGGAUACCGCUCUGUUUGAGGCUCUCCCCCCGUUCUCUCCGGUCUCCCCCCGCUCACAUCGUGUCCUCUCCCGUCUCACGGCGCAGCCCCUUGCCCACAGCCGGACGAACGGAGCGGCGGCAGGGGAGAGCGGGAGGCAGCAGAAGGGCAGAGGAAGAGGAGGAGCGGUAUCCGGAAAAGGAGGAGAAGCACGAAGAGGAAGAGGAAGUGGAGUCUUUAUUUUUGUCCUUGCCUUGCGUUUAUCUCUCGCAGGGCUUCCACUGCACCAGAGCCAGGAGGUCUGCGGGGCUACCCAGCUCAGCUUCUGCAGCUGUCUGAUCUUCCACAGAGGAGGAGAGGAAGAAGAAGGAGGAAGAAGAGAAAAUCCGCGGGUCCACCGCGGCCUGUGUGCGCAGCCCUCCCGGCCCGUGGAGCAUCUGCCGCGCCGCAUCCCACAGGAUUUGUCAUUCCUAAACCUUGGCUGAAUGGAGGAGGAAGCUGCGAGGAAGAGGAUGUCCCAGGACACUGAGGCAGGCAAUGAGCUGAAGACAGAGAUGAUGGGGGACAAGUCCCCCUGGCAGAACAUUGUGGAAGAGGCCAUUUUGGGCAGCUCCACAGUGCAGGAAUCCAAUGGGGAGGAAAAGCCCCCAAGAUCCUGCACAAGGAGGGGCUGCAAACCCAGCCCAGAGAGCUGCAAGGAGGAAAGACCCUCCCUGUCCUGGGAAGGCAGCUUGGGAUCCAGCUGGAGCUCAGAGCUAGAGGAGAAGCCUCACACUGGGGAGAAGCCCCACAAGUGCUUGGAAUGUGGGAAGAGCUUCAGCCGGAGCUUCCACCUCCUCCGGCACCAGAUGAUCCACACAGGGGAACGUCCCUUUGAGUGUGGGGAGUGUGGGAAGAGCUUCAGCAGGAGUUCCUGUCUGAUCCGCCAUCAGGUAAUUCACACAGGGGAACGGCCCUACAACUGCAAGGAAUGUGGGAAAAGCUUCAGUGACCGCUCCAACCUCCUCACCCACCAGCGCCUGCACUCCAGGGAACGGCCCUACCACUGUGAGGAGUGUGGAAAGAGCUUCAGCAUCAUCUCUGACCUGAUCCAGCACCAGAAGAUCCACAGCGGAGAACGGCCCUAUGAGUGCCUCGAGUGUGCAAAGAGGUUUCGGACCAGCUCCCAUCUCCUCCUGCAUCAGCGGAUUCACAGGGAGGAGAGGCCCUUCCGCUGCCGCGACUGCGGGAAGGGCUUCAAACGCAACUCCCACCUCGUCAGCCAUCAGCGAGUCCACACCAGGGAGAAGCCCUACAAAUGCUUGGAGUGUGGGAAGAGCUUCUCCUGCAGCUCUAACUUCAUUUCACACCAACAGACCCAUGAGUAGGAGAAGCCCUACAAGUGCCCUGACUUCAGGAAGAGUUUUGUUUCCUGCUCCAACUUCAUCGCCCACUAGAGGACCCGUGUUGCAUUAUCUGCAGUGACCCAUAUUGUGCAAAAACAUGGUGAUCCACAUUGCUGGUGAUCCACGUUGGGUGAAGACCCGGUGACCUAUGUUCCUCACGAUCCGCAUUGGCAAGACACCUGGCUGGUGGUAUUCACCUCCUCCUGGUUCCUGGAGGCACUUGGAUAAAGGCAGGGGAAAGAACAUCUACCAGAAGGCAGACUGACGUUGGAAAUUGAAGUACUGAGGCCUGAACAACAGGCCCUGCACCAAAGUUGAUCUCUAGAUGAACCUUCCAACCAAACAUUAUAUGAUAGUUGUAUCUGCUGAUUAGUGAACUAUCAAUGAUCAUGAGUGAAAUAUGUAAUGUGAUACAAAUUUAUUUCUUUUCAGUGUUUAAGGGACGGCCAAGGCAAUGAAAUCAGAUAUCUGGCCUUGUUUGGAGGUACAUUGUCAAAGCCAGCUCCCUUAGUUCCUUCUUGAGCCCUGACCAGGCUUUGGGUAGAACGCAAAUGUUGUGGGUUCAUGCUGGCUGGAUGCCACACACCUGCAAAAGCCACUUACUCACUCCCCUCCACAGCUGGGCAGGGGAGAGAAAAUACGUCAAAAAGGGUUCAUGGGUUGAGAUAAGGACUGGGAGAGACAUCCCUCACCAAACACCAUCACAGGCUAAAGAGGCUCAGCUUUGAGCUAUGAAAUGAACUAACAAAAUCAGAGCAGGAUAGUAAAUAAAAUGAGCCCUUAAAACCACCUCCCCUCAACCCUCCCUCCUUCCCAGCGCUAUCUCAGCAGCAUAAGGAGACAGGGAAUGGAAUUAUGGUCAGGUCAUCAUCUGUGGUUUCUCCCACUGCUCAGGAAGAGGAAUUGUUCCUCUGCUGCUCUGUGGGGUCCCUACCACAGGAAACAGUUCUCCACAAACUUCUCCACAGUGAGUCCAUCCCAUGGGCAGCAGCUGUCUGCAGAGCGCUGCAACAUGAGUCCAUCCCAGGGGCGACAGUCCUCCCCAAACUGCUGCAAUGUGAGUCACCUUUCCACAGCUUCAGUCCUUCAAGAUCUUUAUUAAUCACUCUAGGCAAUCUUUUGUAGUAAUGAUUUGGUGCAUUACUUAUCCUUUUUUAAUUCUUUGCUCUUUUGAACUAUAGAAAAUUACAGUAUUCUUAUUUCUUAAAGUAGAGUCUUUUGUGCUGACCCCAUCAACUGGUAGAACAGAAAUUCAUUAGCAAGAGUGCCUUUGUUAGUGUGCAUGCUCAGAGUUUUGUUUCUUUGGAGUGUGUGGCUUCUGGGGUCGGUGGCCAUGAGUCAGUGGUCCUUGUCUGCCCCUGCCAGAAUUCCCUUUGACCCAGUCAGAGCUGAUAUCACACAGUUGCUGGGUUGCCUUUCCUUGUGGCCCACAAAUCCUGCAUGCUUUGUGUUCUUUCUCAGCAAUCCAUUCUCCUCCCCAAGCUUUGGUAACCUUCCCCAGGCCUGAGAUAACACCUGGACAAUUGUCCCACCCUGAUCUUAUGUACAGUCUGAGUGCCAGGUGUCCACUGAGGAAUAUCGCAAUAUCAGAGGAGGGGGAGGGCAGCAGGGGAGGGAGGAUUCAGUGGUCAUUGGUGGUGGCAGCUGCCAGUGUGCCCACAACUUGGGGUGAGCUUUGUUUGACCGGUGAUGUGCAUAUGAGCAGUUGCUUCUUUACACACUUUGCCACAGUGGGAAUUUUUGUGGGCAUGCAUUUCCCAGCAUGUGCCACCCAGAUCUCACCUCUGCCAGGCCUGGAGUCAGCACCUUUGCGUUACUCCCUUCUGUGCUUAUCUGAUGGCAAAGUCCUUCUGUGGCCUUGACAAUGUCUGAGAUGCGCAACUCUGCUCCUGGAGUUCUUACACAGUCUGAUCCGUUACUCACCCACGAGUGACCUCACACCUGCCCUGAGUUGUGGAGGAGCUUCAGUGACAGCUCCAACCUCAGCUCCCACCCGAGGAUUCAUCAUGGCAAGAGACUAAUCUCCUGUGGGAAGAGCUUUGGCCAGAGCAUGGAUUUGAUCUCCCACUGCAAGACCCACAUGGGGGAGAAGUCCUGUGACUGUGCUGGUUCUGGCAGGGCUGGAGUUCAUUGUCUGUGCAGGGUCGGCUCUGGGGCCGUGUUUGGGGUUGUGCUGAGCAUGGGGCUGAGAACACAGGCAUGGGUAUUUUGUUGCUGAGCUGGGCCACAGCCGAGGACUUUCCUGCCCCUGUGCAUCCACGCUGUGGAUGGGCUGGGGUGCCAGGGAGGCUGGCAGGGCACACGGCUGGGACAGGUGACCCCGACUGACUCCAGGGAUAUUCCAGACCUUAUGGCAUCAUGCUCAGUAUAGAAAGUGGAGGGAAGAGAGAGGAAAGGGGGGACUUUUGCAGUGGUGCCGUUUGUCUUCCCAAGUCACUGUUCCGCAGGAUUGGGGCACUGCUCUCCUGGAGGUGCUGAGCACCUUGUUAACAUUGCUUUUGUGCAUAGCUAUGCCUAUUUAACUGUCUUUAUCUCAACCCAUCAGUUUUCCAGCUUUUGUCCCUUCAGUCCGCUUCUCAUUCUCGUUGGUGGGAGAGUGAGUGAUCAGCAGUGAAGGACUUGUGGGCUGGCUGGGGUUAAAUCAGACAGACACAUAGAGACCUAGAAACAUAUUUCUGGUGAUCAACAUGGAUAGAGACCUGGAGACUCACCCUGUUGAGCAGAGACCUGGUGAUGAGUUUGGAAGGAAGGCUGAAAAAAGGUGGGCACUGGUCCUGGGUGGAGGAAGAGAAGGGGUACAGGCAGAGAAGGGAUGAGGAAGGAGUAGGAGAAGGGCUGGAAGCAGAAGGGAACAGGGAUGGGAUUAGGGAAGAGGAAGAGCAAUGGAGGACAAAGGGAAAUAAGAGAUGCAGGAAGAGCAGGAGGAGGAGGAUAAACAGGAGAGGGAGAAGAGGAAGAAGAUGAGAGGGAAGACGAGGGACACAGCAGGAGGAGGAGAAGAAGCGGGAGGAACAGGAGGGAUGAAGCAGGAGGAGGAACAGGAAAGGGAGACAGAGGAAGAAGCACUCUGGUCCAUCUCUUCCUGUAUCCACAGCCCCUUAGCCCGCGGGAGUAUCGCCCCUCAGCCCCCAUCCUGCAGGUGGCGGGAGAAGGGGAGCAGAUAUCUUGAGGGGUCUGUUGUUUGGGGUUUUCUUGCAGGGGAUGCUCGAUCCAAAGCUGAGUCGCAAAUGCCUCUUGGAGGGCACUGGGAGGUUCCUGGGAAGUGAGGUUUUUGGGGCAGGGUCCCCUGUGGCGGCUGCCCAAAGAGCCCUUGAUUUAUUAAAAUAUGAAUAUCGAUCUAAUAUCAAUAUCCAACUGUGACGGACAAAAACUCUUUAACAGUUAAAGUUAGAAAGUGUAUGUUUAUUGCGACGCAGGGCAGCUCGUGGGAUAGCUCCCUAAUGUGCACUACAAAGAUCACAAGUAAUUACAAAGCCUUUUAUUUACAAAAAUGUUGAAUACACAAAAUACAAAUGCAUAUUCAUUCC